AUGAAUUUUAUCAAAAACAAGACACGACAGGAAUAUAAUGAAAUAUGGAAAAUCCUCUCAUUUCCCCAAGCGGUUACUGUCACAGUUGAUACUGUCAUUCUAUCUCAAGAUGUAAAAGAGCUACUAAGAGGAGAAUGGAAGAAAUACUGCACGGCACUCAGGAAGAAUAAGGACACAAAUAUAGAAGAAUAUUUUGCGCUCGCCAUCGACGAAGCUGGAAUUCUGAAUAUGAAAAAUGCCAUAGAUAACAUGAACUUCCCAUAUUUUCAUAUGCUCAAGAAGGUGGCACGUUGCCUUGUGGCUGAAGACCUAUGGACAGGGUUUGCUAUAGUUCUUGCGAGUACAUCAGGUGUUCGUGAUUAUGAUGUGUACUUAAGUGAGAUUGGAGUAAUCGACGUUGAGCCCUGGUACGACCUCGGCACCUUCGAUAUGCACGUACGAUGGGGUGAAACACCACUUACAUUAAAUUUCAGUGACAUUGGAACUUUGAGAUUCUAUGCUAAAUUUGGUAGACCUGCGUGGAAGGAGUAUAUUGACAGUGGCCGUGAGAACAAACUUCUGGCGGACGCCAGUGCUAAGAUUAGUGGGAGAAGCAAUGACGGGCUAUCAAAGCAUCAUAUCCUUCUUGUUGUAUACGCCGUGCCCAUGAAUUUCAGUUUUCGUACAAAGGGAAGACUGGUAGAAUCACGAAUGGCCACAGUCUUAUCUAUGUCUGAUAAACUUGAUGAUCUCAAGGUAGGAUAUCCUAGUGAGCCAAUUCUGGUCAUGGCAGCCCAUAAAAUCUUGGAAGGCGAAAAUGAACUUGAUCUUAUUUCACACCUGCUUAGCGACAAGGUCCUGUCUUCUGCGAAUGCUAGUGAAUUUAUCGCGAGAUGGAUGUUGCUGGAUGUUCUGAAAACUGCAGGUUUGCGCGGUGGCUUACAGAGCAAUUACUGUCGUGUUCGUGAUCUUUUCAAUGGUCUCAAUGAAAAAUAUCACGUCACCUGUAGCUCUGGCCAUCCAAAUGAACAUCAGUUACUUAAUGAGAGAAUACAUAUCAACCACUGGAUGACUCUUGACUCUGAGUGUACUAUACGGAUGUUGGCGCUCGGAUUCUUGAGAGGCUGUGGAUUUUGCUUUGAAAGAAGAGGCAGAGAUUUUGAUUUCGUCAUCCCCAUAUAUUUGGAAAGCAGACAGGUUGACCUUACGAACAUCAGACUCUUUGAAGGGGACGAGGAUAGUCAAUGGGGGUUAGCGGAGUUAAGUUUAGUAUCUCAAGCAUUCAGUGUUCUUCUCAUUCACGUCAGUGAGAACGAAUAUUUACGUAGUGGUCAUUACGCCUCCAUUCACGAUAGGAUGGCCGGAGCAACGCAGCUGAUCUUUGGUCGAUACAAGCCAUUUAUCAGUUUGCAUAUGAAAUUGAGAGCAGGAGCACCUACCAGUUUCGAUCAGAAACCCAGGUAUAAUAAGAAUUGGGCAAAUGACUUUACAAAUCAAGAAGAUUGGGCUGGUAUCCAUGUGCAAGAAAGAAAGGCUGUGUUAGCUCAAGACUUUAAUCUUGCCUACGACCUUCAUGUCACAGCCCUCAACAAUUCAAACAGCGAAUUCAUUGAUAAAUUGCAGCAAGUGGUUCAUUUGGCUGUAGAAGGUAGCGGAAAUCCUUCAGAAAAGGUUACGUUGCAAAGGAAUGCGUCGACUGGUUAUCGUAAACAGACAGAUGUGAUUAAGGAAGCUCGCCAAAAGAAGAGACAAGAGCAGCAGCACAAUCUAACAGAAGCCAAUUAA